CUGGAUUGACUCUUGCACAGCAACGAAGCCGCAUCCUCCGCAGCCAUUGGCUUCAGCGAGCCAAGACCCCCUCUGAAACGGGGCACAGCUCGCUCCCCAAAUCAGUCCGGCUUCGGACGGAGAGAAAGCUCGCGCACAAAGCAUGCGCGUUCGUGUCCAGUGCUUGUGUUUCAUCUUCUUCACCGAAGUAUGUGUUGGGCACGUUGUCCCAGAAAGCUUCCUCCACUUUGCCUCCACCGAAGCGCAGGAGAAGCGCCGAAAGGCCCGCGAUGAGAUUAAAGCGGAGCAGGAUCAAUUUCAUCAGGAGUUGAAGGAGAAGAAGAAGCGCUUGGACAAAGAGUUAGAAGACCAAGCCAAGGAGGAGAAGUUUCUGGAAGAGGAGGUCCAACGACUUCGCAAGGUUGGUCGAAAGAAGGAGUCGAAAGCGAAACCAGCAUCCUUCCUCGAGCAGAGUGACAUGAAGGUGAACUGCUUCAUAUCUUCCCUUCUCCUGCUGGUGCUCGGCGGGGUAGCUGCACUUUUGACUCGGGCGAGGGCUGCCGAACCCGAGGAUUACCUCCGCCAUGAGCCGGAAAGAAGCGCGGGAGACGAAGCCAGAGCGGCUCGUGCAUGACGGCAGAGUCUGGUGAUGGGGGAGAAAAACAAUAUAUCUGGAAAAUACCGC